AUGGCCACCCUCGAUUCGCAGGCAGUGCUGGUCCCCGAUCAGUUCCGGAAAAAGACCCCCCUUACUUCGACUCAGCUGGCCCGUCAAUUGCGGUCCUGCAAGGUCUGCCGGUUCCGCAAGGUCAAGUGUGAUCGCGUUAAACCCUGCCAUGCGUGCUGUGCUCAUGGCUAUCCAUCCAAGUGCGUCUACGAUAACGAUCCCGAAGAUGCCCUCCAGCCCAUCAGUCAAUCCGACGAGAUCCGUAAUCUUCGCGAGGAAAUCCGCGAGCUAACGGCAACCCUUAAUACUCGUGAGCACCGGAGCCGAGCUCCACGGCGUCUAGCGCAGCUCCAGAGCCUCGUCGAUGUGAUCCGCUCGGCCCCCCCGGAUACUGUCAACCGGCUAGUCGCCGGAAUCCGAAGAUCUCGCGGGAAAACAAACGAGGUGGCGAUUUCGGUGGGACCGGCAAAUGGAUCGGAACUGGAAGAACAUCACGCUGUCGCCCUUCGCCCCUCUCACUCGGACGACAGCGACGAAUCCCUGGAUCCGGACGAUGAGAUCUUUUCUCGGUCGGGUCUCAGUAAUUACAGCCGAAGUUCAUCGGAAGACACGGAGGACUCGAGCUAUGGAUCGAUAUGUCACAUAAGCUCGACGAAGCCUAUGCUGGGUGUGUUUAUCGAACGCUUCGUGGAUGCAUUUAGCCCCGAGGUCGAUGUCAAAGCAGGCCAGGCUGGUGCCCUGCGACGGGCUGCCGAAAUCCGCAUGUUUUCGCCGAUCCUCGAGGACGCGUUUGAGUCGGUGUCGGUCGCGUACUUUGGUCGGACCGUUCAGGAUAAAAACUUAGAAGCGGCCGGAUUCCGUCUGUAUCCCCGAGUGCUGCGGAGUUUGCAGCAGGCUCUGCAAGACCCCGAACGCAGCAAGGCUGAGUCGACCCUGGUGACGGUCACGCUUUUGAUGGCUUUUGAGAGUGUGGAGCGAACUACCCAGGUGUCGCUGAUCGCCCACGUCCAUGGUGCACUACGCCUGAUUGAGCACCGGGGCCCGGAGAAUCAUAUGCAUGGUGUGGAACACUUGCUGUAUACGGAGCUGCGCCCGUACUGGGUUGCGGCGGCCAUGGUCAGCCGCACACCGUCUUUUCUCGCAAGCGAGGACUGGAUCAACCUCCCGUGGUCUGCCAACACCAGCCGAAGAGACAUCCUGCACUAUUUACUCGACCUGGCAGUCGAGAUCCCAGCUCUGCUUGCGCAGUUCGACGAUAUUGAAGCCACCCUUCAGUCGAACAUGUUCAGUACACAUGAGAUCACGGUGAAGCAAGCCUCACUCUGGAGCGGUGUCGCCGACCUGACCAACCGCUUUCGCCAGUGGAAAGUCCAAUGGGUUGACAACUACCCCGACGGGCCACCGCAAGAGGUGGAAGUCCUGCCUGACGACCAGUUUCCCGUAUUCCAGUGUCGGGACUUCCGCACCGGGGGUAUAAUGACUCCCACCAAAUUCGUCUAUCCGGAUCUCCGUCUCGCACAAACCAUGUGUCUCUAUUACUCCACAAGGUUGAUUCUAUCUUCUGUUGAUACGCGACCAACGGAACGCGUCGGACCCCUGGAACAGUAUGCCCUGGGAUGUGGUAUCUGCCGGACUUUGGAGUGGUAUCUGCUCAAUGCACGGGGAAACAUGAUCAACCGACUUGCGUUCCCAGUCAGGGUGGCCUGGGAGGUGUUCCCUGAUGGAGGACCUGAACGGAAGUUCAUGUAUGAGGUGUUGAAGCUGGUUGAAAAGCGGCAUGCUCUGGCUCUUUGGGGGAGCAAUAUGUCCGAGAUCUCUACGCGGGCCGGGUCUCCUCGGGGACAGUCGCCGGAGGUGAGCGCAGAGGCCUGA